AGACGGUCUAGCGCCCCCCCAAGUUGACAGUCAUAAGCCUCCAUCCAGUCCACGGGGACAAGACCGACGCUCUGUCAGUUUCUUUCCCCGCUCUCGAGCGCCCGGCGAUGCGGUGCUGAGCAGGUGUGAGCAUCGUGAAGGACACACGGACCGACGGACGGACGGACGGACACAUUUACCCGCUCCAGAAGGAAAAACAGGCAGUCCUGCUAAUGUUCCAUCAGGUGAGCUUCUAGCUGUAACCCCACCUGGUGGUUUUUACUUCAACAUCAUGCUGCAGCUCACCCUGCUCCUCCAUAUACUGGGCCUCUCACUCUCUCUUGCAAAUGCUUCAGCGCAAGGGGAGGCACCUGAUUUUUAUGGAGCAGUUGAAGCCACAGGUUACGGACCAGUGUUUGAGGAGCAGCCGGUGGAUACCAUCUACCCAGAGGAGUCGCCGGAGGCCAAAAUCACCAUGAGUUGCCGGGCCAGAGCAAAUCCACCUGCCACAUACAAGUGGCUCUUGGACAGCGAAGAAAUUGACCUAGAUGUACAAGACAGCCACUACCGUCUAGUGGGAGGCAACUUGGUCAUCAGCAACCCCAUUAAAAGCAAACAUGUAGGAAUGUACACCUGUUUGGCUUCCAACAACUUUGGCAUGAUAAUCAGCCGUGCAGCCUCUGUCCAGUUUGGAUACCUUGAUCUUUUCUCAUCAGAGGAGAGGGAAUCAGUGUAUGUCAAAGAGGGACAGGGGGCUGUGCUGCUCUGUGCCCCCCCACCGCAUUAUCCAGUUGAGCUGUCAUUCCGAUGGAUCCUCAAUGAAUUCCCCACCUUCAUCCCACUGGACAAGAGGCGUUUUGUCUCCCAGAUAACAGGCAACCUUUACAUUUCCAAGGUGGACUCCUCGGACAGCGGCAACUAUUCCUGUAUUGCAUCCAGUCCAUCAAUUUCAAAGAGCGUCUUCUCCAACUAUAUCCCCCUAGUGCCUCUGGCUGAACGUCCCAUCAGGAAAUAUCCUGCUGACCUCAAAGUCAAGUUCCCAGACACCACUGCGCUGGUGGGGCAAAAUAUCACUUUGGAGUGCUUUGCUCUGGGAAACCCUGUCCCCGAAAUCCGUUGGAAGAAGUUAGAUGGACACCUGCCACCCAAUCACGAGGUGCACAUGGCAGGCACUCAUCUGCAUUUGUACAAUGUACAGACUGAGGAUGCUGGCAGGUAUCAGUGCGAGGCAGUAAACUCAAAAGGAAAGGACUACCAUUCUGCACGAGUCUCUGUCGAAGCAUUUCCUGAAUGGGUGGAGCACAUCACCAGCAUUGAAAAAGACCUUAACAGUGAAUACACCAUGUCCUGCAUAGCCAGUGGCAAACCUAAACCUCACAUCCGCUUCUUGAAAAAUGGGAAACCGUUUGGCAAGAAUGAGGUGAGGUUCAACAGCUUGACGUUUGAAGAUUCUGGGAUGUACCAGUGCAUAGCAGAAAAUCACCAUGGAGUCAUCUAUGCCAACGCAGAGCUACGGGUUUUUGCUUGUGCUCCCACAUUCGAACACAACCCAGUUAAGAGAGUCAUGGCGGCUAAAAACGGCCGAGUGGUGAUUGAAUGUCGACCGAAAGUGGCCCCAAAGCCUACCUUCACCUGGAGCAAAGACACUGAGCUCCUUUCCAAUUCAACCAGGGUGUUCAUCUGGGAGGACGGGAGCCUGGAGAUUUUCAACGUGACGAAAGCAGAUGAAGGGAGGUACACUUGCUUUGCUGAGAAUGACAGGGGCAAAGCAAACAGCACGGGUUCUCUGCUGGUCACAGAUGCUACAAAGAUCAGUUUUACACCAACCAAUGCUGACAUUAAUGUGGGUGAAAAUGCCCUGAUGCAUUGUGCUGCCACACAUGAUUCUUUGCUGGACAUUACCUUCAUCUGGUCCCUGGAAGGCCAAGUUAUAGACCUCCACAAGGAUAGUCAACACUAUGAACGCACCCCGAAUGAAAGUUCUAACGGCACGCUGUUGAUUAAGAAUGCUCAGCUGAAGCAUGCUGGACGCUACUCCUGCACUGCACAGACGCCUGUCGACAACGUUACUGCCUCUGCAGACCUGGUUGUCAGGGGUGCUCCGGGUGCCCCAGGUGGGAUUCGAGUGAUGAAUAAAACUGACAAGAGUGUAACAUUGCAGUGGAGCCGUGGAACAGACAACCACAGUCCCAUCUCCAAGUACAACAUCCAGUACAGGGAUUCCUUUUCCAAAGUCUGGAAGGAUGCCACCACAUCUCCUGCAAAUAUAGAAGGGAAUGCAGAGACAGCCACAGUGGUGGAUUUGUUCCCCUGGACUGAAUACGAGUUCAGGGUGAUUGCCAUCAACACUCUGGGAACAGGAGAACCAAGCAGUCCAUCUCCUAAAGACAGAACUCUGGAUGCAUUUCCUGUGGUGGCGCCCUCAAAUGUCAGCGGAGGCGGAGGGACUAAUGGAGAAGUGAUCAUUGAAUGGAAGCCUGUAGAGCCUCAGUACUACUACGGCCCUAAUUUUGGUUACAUUGUGGCUUUCAAACAACACAGCAGAAAUGACUGGAGAUAUGUGACAGUAGCUGACGCUGAUGCAAAGCGCUACGUUCACAAGGACUCCUCCAUCCCUCCUACAACAGAGUUUCAAGUCAAAGUCAAAGCAUUCAACAGCAAAGGAGAGGGUCCUUACAGCACGACAGCCACCGUUUUAUCUGCCCAAGACAUUCCAUCUGAAGCUCCUCAAAGUGUUGGUGGCAAAGCUCUGUCUGCUACAGCAGCUGUUGUGUGGUGGAUGCACAUCGUACAGAGCAGUAUAGAUGGAUACCAGGUGAGGUUCUGGAGGAGUCAGAAAGAAGGCGAGGAAGGCGACAGGAAAGUGUCGGUAUCCAACAGGGACAACCACACCAGACUGGAGGGCCUGAAGCCAGACUCCAGGUAUGAGGUUGAAGUUCGGGGCUACAACUCUGCAGGAUAUGGACCACUCAGCAAAAUCAUUCAGAUCCACACCAAGAGAGCCCCUCCGAGUACACCCCUUAAAGUAAAAAUGAAAUUAAAAGGCCAGUCAGUAUAUGUUUACUGGGAUUAUGUGCAACCACUGGCUAACGAAGCACCUGUAGAUAGCUACAAAGUGCUGUACAGACAGGAGGGCCAUACCCCUGGCAUCCUGUACAAUACCAAUAAGAAUUUCAUAGACCUUCCUCGACAUUCAGAUGGGAAAUAUGUGGUGGAGGUCCGGGCAGCCACAGAGGGAGGAGAUGGACCUGUGGGACAAGUUGUCGUUGCAGGUGGAGCUGUCAUGGCUGCCCAGUCUCUCAGCAUAUUGUCCCUGCUCCUGGUGGCUGUCCUAUGCCUGAACCUUUGAAUGUAGCGCCAUCUUUGUCUUCACUUCCCGUGAAGGAGACUCUUUAUGGUUGACGCCUAUUAAGGACUUAGGGACUCUUUCUACAAUCUUUCGGUUCCACCUUGUCAGCAGGACGUCAUAUUCCUCCACCCCCCACCGUCCCCCCGUCUGGAAUAUGCUUGUGGAAAAAGACACAGAAAUGGAAAAAUUGGAAAAGGACAAAGACAUCCCUUAUUUAAUAUCCACAAAAAGCCUCUCUGGAGGAGUGUCAAAGGAGUUCUGUCAACUUUUAAUAUGCCUUAUAUCAAUGAUUACACUUAUCUUUCACAAUAACUUGUUUUCAAAUGGAUUGUGAUGGAAAGUGUAAACCAACACUUCAAAACUUGGCUGUGUAACCAUUUUGCAUCUGAUGAAGAUGAAGAUUUGACAGUGCAUUCCAUAGAUAAGACAAGACAAACAAGUAGCUGUGAAGGAUAAGUGUAUGUUUAUAAAAAUGUCUUUAUGUGUUUCUUUUUAUUUGCAGUUCAGUGACAUUUUUAUCUGUUAUCUUUUUAAAAUGAAGCACACCUUCUGUUACAGAGAUACAGUCAAAGCAAACCCCAGCAAGUUGCAUAUUUGAUUUUUAUUAAUAAACAUCAUAGAGAAAACAAUGUAUGUCAUGCAGAAAUAAUGUAUCCAGUAAUUUAUACGGUUUUGUUAUCUAAUAUACUAUGAAUGUUAUUUGAACAAAAGUAGAUUUGUUUGCAAUCAUUAUUAAUUUCCAGUCCAUAACAUAUUCUCUAUUAAUGGCAUACCACUUUCAAAAUGUGUGCAUGUUGAAACCAGGAAGAAGAAUGGUGUGAAUGGUUGAAAAACAGAACUGUCAGGGAAUUUUGGGUCAUUGAUCUAUAUUUGCAAAGCUGACUGUAAAGCACACAAUGGGGCCAGGAAGUAAACCAAACAUUGUCUGAGCGAUGCAAUUUUUUACGGUGGUUUUGAUCAGUCGCCACCUCUCACGGCCACAGUUUUGCUACAACAACAUUUGGAUCUGUGCUCUAUAAAAUGAAAAACCAAGAUUUCUGUUUUGACUGUAUCAUUAGGACCUUCGUGGUACCAGCCGGUGCUUUUCAAGAAUGUUGACAGUUUAUUUAGUGUUAACAUUUUCAUUUCAUCUUCCUCAUUUAUGGGUUCUUGUGAGAGUCAUCAUUAACAGUUAUGACACUACAAUAAUUGUGCAAUGUCGGAUUAAUCUGUGGCAACUUUAUAUUUUUUAAUAAGACAACUUGCCUAGCUCCUUUAACAGUAAUUUAGUAUAUUUCAUUUUGCAUUACCUGGUAUGAGUAUAAACAGAAAAUAAGCAAAGCCAUCCAGUAACAGCCCAUACAAAGCUCAUGACUUUGUUACCACUGUGUUAUGUUUGUCUUUUUAUAAACAUCUUAUCAGAGAUACAUUAUAUAAACAUUAUCAACUGUUGUUGUUUCUUUUUUUUCUUUUUUUAAAUAAUUUUUAUAUUUGUUUGUCAUCAUCCACUUCUAGUUGGACGUCUGGUUUAUCUCCCUCAAACGGAGGAAGAAAAUGCAUUUUGAAUUCCUCCCAUUUAUUACUUAUGUGAUCGAUGCUGGCCAUGCUUCUACAUUGUGACUGCAUCAACAUCCACCACAAAGUGCUUUUCCCCCAGUUUCCUUUAUGCGACAAAUCAUAGAAUCUGUUGCCAAAUGCAUGAAUGCCUUGAACUUUGACAUUUUGGAAAAAAAAAGCAGUGGUUCUACAUUCUAACAUGCAUGACACUGGAAGCAAGGUGGUACAUUACUCUGCAACGAAUCAGCAACAUAGCAACUUGUCAACCUCUCAGCUUCACAUGAAAUACAUUCCACUCCUGAGUGACAUCCCUUAAUGUCAGAGAUAGUGUAGAUCUAAACCUAAUGUGCAUUAGCUGCUAAGCGUCAUUAAGCCAGACAUCUCAUGUGAAGCCUUUCAAAAAGGAUUUUUAGCAAAAAAUUCUUACACUGACUAAAGGUAUCUCACUCAAAACAGUUCAGAAAUGGUCCUGCAGUCUCACACACACAACGAUUGGGAUUUGAUUGCAUCACGAGUGGCAGUGGUGGCCUGUUUGCUGAAGUUCCUCGCUUCGCUGCACAGGAACGGCAUAUGAGGGAUAAAACUGGAACCUCUCUGGCUGGAAUAAAAGUGUAGUUAACUA